AUGUCAGAUGAUGAUACAGUGGACGGACCUCAUGUACUGUCAGAAUCAGAAGCUCAAGAUGUUCAACACUUACAGGAAAUAGCAGGAGGAAUAGGAUACACGGAUGCACUGAAGCUUUUAGAGGAAAGCUCCUGGAAUCUAGAACGAGCUGUACAUAAAUUGAUGGGAUUUGAAGACUCCAGUGUCAGACAUCGAGAUGUUAAUCCACAUGCAACGUCUAUGCCACAGGUUGAAUUAGUUCCACCGAAUCAGCGGAUAUUAAGAGCUAGAGAUAAUGCUCAUAGUUGGUUAUGGUCUACAGCUUUGCUUUUACUGGAACCUAUCAGAGUCGGAUACAACUUUUUUGUUGGGAUCUGGAGAUUUUUCGCUUCUUUCCUUUGGUCCGAUCCCCGGAGUCAAGUCACUGAUCCUUUAGGAGAUGUAAGAAAAUUUAUUCAACAUUUCAAGGCAACUUAUGGAUCUAUGAACACGUAUUCUUCCAGCGAAGAUAAUUUAGGUUCAACUGAAAAUUCUACAUCCAGUACAUUUCCGCCUUUCUAUGAAGGGUCUUAUGCAGAUGCUGUCCAGGAAGCCAAAAGAAGUUUACGAUUUCUGAUUGUUUAUCUUCAUGGAGAUUCACAUGAAGAUACUCAUCGGUUUUGCAAGGAAACUUUGCAGUCUGAAGAUGUUUUACGGUUUCUUAGGAACUCAGAUGAACUUUUAUUUUGGGGUUGUAAUAUUGAAUCUCCUGAGGGAUAUCGUGUAUCACGAACUCUUCGAGAGCAUACCUAUCCGUUUAUUGGAGUUAUUGGUUUGACCAAUAUACCAAUUUCAGAAAAUGGAAUUUAUUCCGGAAGUUCUACCCGAAUGGCUUUAUUAGGACGCAUAGAAGGUGCAUUAGAACCUUCAGAAUUGGUUAAUCAGUUAAACAGUAUACUGAAUGAACAUCAGACAGCCAUCGUUACAGCUCGGUUAGAUCGAAAUGAACGAGAGAUAAACGCACAAUUGAGACGUGAACAGGAUCUAGCUUAUGAAGCUUCACUUGCUGAAGACCGUGCUAAAGUAGCUGCUCGAGAAGCACAGCAACGAAAUGCUGCCUUGGAAGCAGAGCAACAGGCCAGGGAGGCGAAACGCAAAGAGGAUCUACAUAACGCUCACCACAAGCGUAAACUUGUGUGGCAGCGCCGACUACCUCCACAACCUAUGUUUCAAGAGGGAUCCAGUGUACAGUUAUCAUUCAAGAUGCCACAAGGUUCCAGAGUUUCUCGUGUUUUUGAUGUAAAUGAUUCUACCAAGAUGCUGUACUAUUUUGUAUUAUCCCAAGAAGAUGCACCACUGGAGUUUGAGAUUCAAUCCAAUUUUCCUAAACGUGUUCUCCCAUGUCAACCUUCCGAAGAAUCUGACAUCGAAGAUUAUGUAGAUAAUUCCGACAACAAAAUGGAUUGUGUUCAAGUAGUUACAGACUGGCGACCUAAAACAGAUAGUGACCCACCAUCAUUCCUUGAUCUUGGUCUAACAAAACCUGAACUCUUGUUUGUUCUGAACAAAGAUGCAUGA